AUGCCAAAGCGAAAAGCUCUUGAAGACGAUUAUGAGAGCUGGAUGCUCCCUCAUCCCGCCCCAGCCAGAUCACGCUCAUACACCUCUGCGGCCAGCUCCUACACCCCCGCUCAACCUGUCAGUGCGUCUUCUAGAGCUGUCGGACACCAGCAGCCGCAGGAAAAACGACAGCGAAACCAAAAGGAUCCGGAUACUCCCGCUUCUGAGAAAAGAGGCGCGAUAUUUAAGAAAAAAUGCCCGAAGAACAUACUCGAGCGACUUGACAGAGUCAUAUCCCAAAGGUUUUACAUGGUGGAUAGGAAGAGAGAGAGCAAUGAGCUAAGGGAGGAGUUCAGCGUGCUGGGCUCUACAGGAAAUGUUUACUCAGUCAUUAUCGACAAGAGGCCUUCUUGCAAUUGUCCGGACGCAACGAAAGGGAAUCAUUGCAAGCAUAUACUCUUUGUCUUUCUCAAGGGUGCGCAUCCCAUCUCUCAGAUGCUCCUUAUCGAUGAACCGAUACCCCAUGUAGUGCUCCAAGUAACGCAGGCUUCCGGAUACUGGUAUCAAAAAGCAUUGCUCACAUCCGAACUCGACGACAUCUUCCAGCAUGCUCCCCGAGCACCCAACGAUGUCACGAACGCUCAUGUCCGCGAAGCAUAUGCUCGUGCUACAGGCAAGGCUAUCGCAUCAAGCUCGAAAUUAUCGAAAGACCAGGCACAGAAGAAGCGCAUUCCGGGACCUGACGACGAUUGUCCAAUCUGCUACGAAAAUAUGCAUAAGGUGGCCGAGAAUACGCUCGUGUUCUGCGAUUCUUGCAGAAAUAGCUUGCACAAGGAUUGUUUCCAGCAGUGGGCUGUGGCGGCACGCCAAAAGGGCCAAAUAGUGUCGUGUGUGUUCUGCCGUGCGAAGUGGGCUGAGGUCGGUUCCGCAGUCGCGCGAGCAACUGCUGAUGGGGCGCACUCUUCUGAGGGGUAUCUCAACCUUGGCAGUGCCGCUGGUCUCAGCCCAGUUCGCGAUACUAGUUCUUAUUACCAUGGCCCAACAAAGGGUAGGCGAUACUAUGGGUAUCAAGAAUACACAGACCACGAUUGA